ACUCUGCCGCAUCCCCAUUCCUCUAUCCUCCAGGUGAAAAAUUCCCCAUCCCCAUUCGAGCGGACCACGCGCUGCAAGACCUAAUUUUUCCUCUGAAUCGAGCUCGCGGCCGGCCGGCCGGCGUCGUGGACUCCAGUCCAGAUCCAUCUCGCUUGCCUCCUCCCCGCAGUCCGCACCUCGCGCAAUGGCCUCCAGAUCGAGCUCCUCUCCUAGCGUUUGAGUCGCCUCACUCAACCAAGCCGCUCUUCCGCUUCACGCCGUAAUCCCACGGGAGCACGCAGAAUCGAAGGAACACGCCCGCGUUGCCGCCGUUGCUCGCCGCCGCCGCCGCCGCCGGACCCUCCUUCUCUGGCGCGUCCAGUCUCCGAGGUUCACUGGACUCUGACGGAGCACCAUGCCAGACAGGAGAGGCGCGACCCUGUUCGAGGACCUGCCCGAGGAGAUCAUCAACAAAAUACUCGUCCUGUUGGCGUCCAAGGACGUCGGCCGCUGUCGAGUUGUGAACGCUUCAUGGUGCAGUGCCACAUCCACGCCUGAAUUCAUGCUCGAACACCACCGCCGCCAGCCGUCGCUCCCCAUUGUCGAUGGGUGUGGAAAGCCUGCCAAUCAUGUCGUCUUGGGCGACGCCGGUGCUGGUGCUUCCAAUCAACAGCUUUGGCCUUUCCUCUCAGGCUCCAAACACCGUUCCAGGAAUGAGCCCAUAGCCGUCUGUGAUGGCUUCCUUAUCGUUUCUUGGGGAUAUGAAUUCUACAUCUGCAAUCCGGUUACCCGCAAGCAUGCUCUCUUACCGCAGCCUCAAGUUGGGCAAGGCAUCGACAAUACCAUGGUUGGUUUCUACCAGCACCAUCCAACUGGAGAAUACAGGGUUCUCUGGGUCUCACGGUCACAUCAGACGUCUGAAUCCAGCUUAUAUGUCCUCACAGUGGGAUCCGACAGGCCAAGGCGCAUCAGCGUCAGAAUGCCAACAGUCUUGUCGUCUUCCGCAGAAGAGGAGUUAUGGAACAAGCUGAUCUAUUCAUACUGUUCAUCACCUGUACACCACCGUGACAGCCUCCACUGGUAUCCUUAUGGCACCAGUGACAUUGCAGGAGGCGGUGGAGAUAUCAUUGUGUUUGACACAGAAGCAGAGUCAUUCCGGUGGAUGCGCAGUCCCACCCAGCCGUGCAAUCAUAGUAAGUUGUUCGACAUGGAGGAAACACUUGCUUUCUGGGGCCGCUCAGUUUCUAACACUUCUAUGGAUGUCUGGGAGAUGCAGGAUUACGAGGCUGAAAUCUGGGCUUUCAGGUACAGGAUUGAUGUAUCAACGGUGGAGGCAUCAAGACAACUUUAUUUAACUUCUUUCAAAAAGAAAAAGACAAGACCACUUGAUUCUGCCGUGCGGUUGUUUAAUGAUAUGGCUGUGCUAAACGAGCGUGAGCUGCUGGUCAGGUUUAACCACCAACAUGUGUUGCGUUGUGAUAUUGAUGGCAAAUUCUUAGGUAUUGUGAACAUCGGAAAAAGUCAGUAUCGCAUGUGGCUUACCCCCCACCGCCUCAAAGAGAGCAUUGUUCCAAUUCCAGGCCAUGAGAUGCAAGAAGAUGAGGAGCCUCCAUUCUCCACAGGGCAUGUCUGAAUGAUCAUGAUUCCUGGUUUGCUUUGCUAUCACUCAGAUCAUGCCUUCUGUUCUAGCUCUUCUUACUUAGUAGUACUAGCAGACCAGCAGUAGACGAACAUGCCAUUUUGGAUGGUUGCAGUAGCACCUGUGAUAUCAUUUGGUUGUAUUAUGAUGUGCUGAAUAUCCUUUUAAUGUUCUAAAGUAUGAAGUAUCGAUCUAUGAUAUUAGAACCUUUUA